UUCCAAAUAUAAAAUUACAAAACUCCCUCUAAAAAAAACACACCAUCUUCCAUUCUCCUCCCAAUAAAGCACUCAAAAAACCUCACCUUUCUCUCCCUCCACCUUCAUCUUCUCCAAUGGCUUCUCCUUCUCAUCUUCUUCUUCUUCUCCUCCUUUUCACCUUCUCCUUCUCCUCCAUCUCCUCCAUCUCCGAUCCUCUCCUUCUUCUCUCCAAGAUCAAGCCUGCUCUCCAAGGCCCUUCCCCCAAUCUCCAGCUCUCCACUUGGAACUCCUCUACCCCUCUCUGCCUCUGGCGCGGCCUCUCCUGGUCCUUCUCCGGCGCCGAACUCCGCUGCAACGACUCCACCGUGCGCGCCAACCUCACCCUCUACUCUGACCCUUCUCUCCAGCUCCUCUCCAUCCGCCUCCCUGCCGUCGCCCUCUCCGGCUACCUCCCCGCGGAGCUUUCUGGGUUCUCCUCCCUCGGUUCCCUCCUCCUCCCCUCCAACUCCCUCUCCGGCCCUCUCCCUCUCGACCUCUUCAACUCCCCCUCCCUUUCCGACCUCGACCUUAGCUCCAACUCCAUCAAUGGCUCUCUCCCCGCUUCCCUCUGGAACCUCUGCGACCGCCUCGUCUCCCUUCGCUUCCACCACAACUCCAUCUCCGGCGCCGUCCCUGACCCCGCCAUCCCUAACACCCCUUGCUCUCUUCUUCAAACCGUCGACUUUGGUUCCAACAACCUCGACGGUGGAUUUCCCCAAUUCCUCACCGGGUUCCAGAAUCUCCAGGAGCUUGAUCUCUCCGCCAACAACUUCUCCGGCCAAAUCCCUAGCCUUGCCUCGCUGAAAAAUCUCCAAAGUUUGAACCUUUCCCACAAUAACUUCUCCGGCGUGCUGCCAGACUCGUUCAGAACGUCAAGCUUCAGCGGGGAGGAUUUCACCGGAAACUCACCGGAGCUUUGCGGCGCUCCAUUAAAGCAAUGCGGGUCAGGGUCAAGGUUGAGCUCCGGCGCCAUUGCUGGUAUUGUGAUUGGGUUGAUGGCCGGGGCGGUGCUUUUGGCUUCUGUAUCCAUUGGGUGGGUUCAAGGUAGGAAGAGGAGGAACAGAACAAAGAGAGAUGAUGAAGAGAUGGACAUGGAGAUGGAGAUGGAGGAAGGGGAGAAUGGAGCAGAGGGGAAGCUUGCAGUGUUCCAGGGUGGUGAGCACUUGACACUAGAGGAUGUUUUGAAUGCCACUGGCCAAGUGAUGGAGAAGACCAGCUAUGGAACCGUGUACAAGGCCAAGCUCUCCGAUGGUGGUGCCAUUGCUCUGAGGUUACUCAGAGAGGGAAGCUGCAAGGAUCCCUCUUCUUGUUCUCCGGUCAUUCGGCAACUCGGAAGAGCUCGGCAUGAGAAUUUGGUUCCUUUGAGAGCUUACUAUCAAGGCAAGAGAGGAGAGAAACUUCUCAUCUAUGACUACCUCCCUAGUAGAACUCUCCAUGAUCUUCUUCAUGAAAGUAGAGCUGGAAGGCCAUUGUUGAAUUGGAGUAGGAGGCAUAAGAUAGCACUUGGGAUUGCAAGAGGGCUUGCUUAUUUACACACAGGGCAAGAAACUCCAAUCAUUCAUGGCAAUGUGAGGUCCAAGAAUGUGCUUGUUGAUGAAUUCUUUGUGCCAAGACUCACUGAAUUUGGUAUCGAUAAGCUCAUGGUGCCGGCAGUGGCUGAUGAGAUGGUAUCAGUGGCGAAGGUGGAUGGAUACAAAGCUCCGGAGUUGCAGAAGAUGAAGAAAUGUAGUCCGAGGACCGAUGUCUAUGCUUUCGGUAUUCUAUUGUUAGAGAUUUUGAUGGGCAAGAAGCCGGGGAAAGAUGGCCGAGACUUGCCGGCAUUGGUAAAGGUUGCAGUUUUGGAAGAGACUACCAUGGAUGUGUUCGAUGUCGAGGUGUUGAAGGGGAUAAGAAGCCCGGCCGAGGACGGGCUUGUGCAUGCAUUGAGGUUGGCAAUGGGUUGUUGUGCUCCGGUGGCGUCGGUGCGGCCGGAUAUGCAUGAAGUAGUGAAGCAGCUUGAAGAGAACCGGCCAAGGAACAGGUCUGCAUUGUAUAGUCCGGUUGAUACUAGAAGUGAGAUUGGCACACCCUUCUGAUCUCUUAGUUAUGCUUGUGAUACUCUUCCAAAGGAAGUAGAGAUAUUUGCUUAGUUUAUUUUGCCACGCAGUGAUCUCAAAAGCAGAAAAAAAAAAAAUGGUGAGCACUUUUGAGUCUUUUGAUCAAUUGGAUAUCUUAUAAUUUGAAGUUUGGUGGUAGUGUUUAAACUAGAUUCAUGGAUAUGUAAAGCCUGAAGAUUUCAUGCCUUUCAUAACAUUUUAUAGAUUGUUUUGUUUAUUUAUUACUCAGUUAUUAUCAAAA